AAAGAGGAGGGGAAGGAGGGGGCGAAGGGGGGUCUGAAACGAAAGCACCUAACCUUCCCUAACUGUCAACAUUAGUCACUUAUAUAUUGCUUAUUGCAACUUUCCCCCACAAACAAACAAAAUAAUUAACAAAGCUCAAGAAAAUGUCUCAUCAAACUGGUAUAAGAGCCAACCAAGAGCUGAAAUCUUUCUUUGGAAAAUGUAGAGAUGGAAAUAUUCGAGUAUUUAAAGUGUCAAUAGAUAAUGAACAGCUUAUCUUAGCAGGGGACGACAAAGUCAAAGGGAGUUGGGAAGAUGAUUAUGAGAGACUGAUUAUUCCAUUAAUAAGUGAAUCGCAACCAUGCUACAUUUUGUACAGGCUGGAUUCUAAAGAUAGUACUGGUGCAUAUUACUGGAUGCUAAUCAGCUGGUCACCAGAUGAUGCCCCUGUUCGUCAGAAAAUGUUGUAUGCCUCAACAAAGGCAACUUUGAAACAGGAGUUUGGUAGUGGUCAAAUUAAGGAAGAGUUACAUGGAACAGUCAAGGAUGACAUUACCAUGAGCGGUUUCCUGAAACACAAAAAAAAUGAAAUGGCACCUGCCCCACUCACAUCUCGAGAAGAAGAAUUGGCUGAAUUACGCAGGUCUGAAAGAGGCGUUGCAGCCAGUGUGGGUGUUGAUACGAGACAUCAAACGUUGGGUGGUGUGGCUUUUCCUAUGACAGACUCUGCUCGCCAAGCUGUAAUUGGCAUGGCGGACAAGCUUCACACCUAUGUUCAGCUUAGAAUAGAUUUAGAUGAGGAGCGGAUCCACCUUGUGAGUUCAGGUAAUGUGAGUUUGGAUAAACUCCCGUCCAAAGUUCCUAGCGACAGUGCUCGUUACCAUCUGUUUAAUUUCAAGCACACACAUGAAGGAGACUACAUUGAGUCUGUUGUUUUUAUAUACUCAAUGCCUGGUUAUUCUUGCUCUAUCAAAGAGAGGAUGUUAUACUCCAGCUGCAAGGCUCCAUUGUUGUCUGACAUUGAGCAGAAUAUUGGAUUAGAAAUCACCAAAAAGCUGGAGAUUGACUCGGGUUCAGAACUGACUGAAGAGUUUCUUCAAGAUGAGAUUCAUCCAAAGAAAAAUCUACACAGGCCUAAAUUUGCAAAGCCUAAAGGGCCACCCAAUCGUGGUGCCAAACGUCUCACUAAACCACAAGCAUCUCCAGUGGAGUAGUUGUACCUGGAGCUCAAGUUAUUGUUAUACUUCACAGUAUUUAUAUUGGUGCUGCAAAUCUAUAUGCAUUUUUAUUAUUGUAUUUGAGAAAUUUUUAAUGGAAGAUGUGAAAGAACUUUCUUGUAUACUUAUGUCAUAAUAUUCAUAAAAAUAAAAUCUGUUUUUGGA